AUGAAGCGUGGUGGACAGGAAAUAUAUGUGGGGCCACUGGGUCGUCAUUCUAGCCAUCUGAUCAAGUAUUUUGAGAGCAUUGACGGGGUGAGCAAAAUCAAGGACGGAUAUAACCCGGCUACUUGGAUGUUGGAGGUUACAACCACCGCACAAGAACUUAGUUUGGGUGUUGAUUUCACUGACCUGUACAAGAACUCUGAUCUAUAUAGGAGAAACAAGCAGCUUAUACAAGAACUGAGUCAGCCUGCACCCGGUUCAAAGGAUCUUUAUUUCCCUACUCAAUACUCUCAGUCAUUCUUGGUCCAAUGCCAAGCUUGCCUAUGGAAACAACGUUGGUCAUAUUGGCGUAAUCCACCAUACACUUCUGUGAGGUUUUUCUUCACUACUUUCAUAGCAAUAAUGUUUGGAACGAUGUUCUGGGACCUCGGAGGCAAACACUCAACAAGAGGAGACCUGAUGAAUGCUUUAGGUUCAAUGUAUUCUGCUGUUCUCUUUCUUGGAGUUCAAAAUUCUUCCUCCGUCCAGCCAGUGGUGGCAGUUGAAAGGACUGUCUUUUACAGAGAAAAAGCCGCCGGAAUGUAUUCUGCAUUACCCUAUGCAUUUUCACAGAUUCUGGUAGAGCUACCCUAUAUCUUUUUUCAAGCGGUGACAUACGGUGUAAUAGUUUAUGCCAUGAUCGGAUUUGAGUGGACUGCAGAGAAAUUCUUUUGGUAUCUAUUUUUCAUGUACUUCACACUGUUGUACUUCACCUUCUACGGCAUGAUGGCUGUGGCAGUGACACCAAACCACCAUGUUGCUUCCAUCGUGGCUGCUGCAUUUUAUGCAAUUUGGAAUCUCUUCUCAGGAUUUGUCGUCGCAAGACCUAGCAUCCCAGUGUGGUGGAGAUGGUAUUAUUGGGCUUGCCCAGUGGCAUGGACCUUAUAUGGAUUGGUCGGAUCUCAGUUUGGAGAUAUAAUGGAGGGAAUGUCGUCUGAAAAUGGGAAGACAGUGAAAGCUUUCAUAGAAGACAGUUAUGGUGUUAAACAUGACUUCAUCGGAGUUGCCGCUGUUGUGGUUGCUGGCUUUGCAGUUCUCUUUGCAGUUACUUUUGCUGUUGCAAUCAAGACCUUUAACUUCCAAAAGAGAUAG